AUGACCCGGAACUGGAGGGAGGAGACCGAAGUGGGGGCGGGGGCUGCGUGUGACAGGAGCAGCAGCAUCAUCAUCCUUCACACUCAUUACAAUAAAGAGACUAACAGCAUGAAUACAGUUUUCCUGCUGAUACCAGUCCUUCUUCUGGACCCGGUGGUUUCUAUUACUUUCUACCUGCCGGCCAACUCCUGGAAAUGUCUACAAGAUGACACCCACAAAAAUGUGCUGGUCUCAGGCGAGUAUGAAGUCAGUGAGGAUCCAAACAUUGUGACUGAUCUGAGGAUCACUGACUCUUUGGGCGGCAGGUUGUACAACAAGGACAACGCCACAAAGGGGAAGUUUUCAUUCGUAACACAAAAUCACGACCAGUUUGACGUUUGCUUCAGCAGCACAGCUCCAUUGGGCAGUGGCAGGGUCAAAGACCAAAUGAUUACACUGAACGUAAAGCACGGUGUGGACGCAAAGGGCUACAAAGAGAUUGAAAAACUGGAGAAACGGACCCCCCUUGAGGCGCAGCUACAACAUCUGGAGCGCCUCUCGCAGUCCAUUGCAGAUGACUUCAUCCUCUUGAAGGAAAGAGUGAGAGACGUGCGACAAACAAAUGAGUCCACCAAUGAGAGUGUGCAGCUCUUCAGCAUCCUCUCCAUCUGCUGUUUUCUUGCGCUGGCCACAUGGCAGAUUUUCUACUUGAGACGAUUCUUCAAGAUCAAGAAGCUGAUUGAAUGAAUAUGUUUUUCCAC